AUGGUGCCCCCUGUACUUGCUCCCCCCAGUGCUGUCCCGGCUGGUUUCGAGUCUGCUCUCUCAGGUACAGCACCCACAGAGACACCUCUCUCAGGUACCGCACCGGCUGAGGCCUGUCACACCUUCACCCUUGACUCAGUCCUUGCCCAGUCCACCACUGUCCUCCCUUGUCCGGCGGUUCCGUCUGGCUCGUUGUCGGGUUUCCACCUCCCCUCGUUCUCGACGAACCUGGUGAGCAACGCUGUCCUCCAGGAUCAGUGGGUUGACACCUUUACCCCUGGCGGACAGCGUGUGGCGAUCUGCACGUGCUCCAGGACCGGCCGUCACCUGGCUACGUUCACCCGUCGGCCGGGGUCGAGUCUCUACACACUGACCACUGCGUCUCCCCAGGUAGCUGCUGUCGGUCAGGUGUCUGCGUCAGGUCUGGUGGCCCACGCCUGUGAGUGUCGUUCCCUGUCGCACCAGACUCUUCUCUGGCACCACCGCCUGGGUCACCCCUCCUUGCCACGCCUUCGUGGCAUGCACCGUCGCCUCCUUGUGUCCGGUCUUCCCAGGUCCCUCCCUCCCCUCCCUGCCUCGCCUGCGCCGCCUUGCCUUCCUUGCGUCGAGGGGCGGCAGCGCGCCGCCCCUCACUCCUCCUCGUUCCCCCCGACAGAGGCUCCUCUGGAGACCCUCCACCUGGACGUGUGGGGCCCAGCCCGCGUUCGUGGUCAGGGCGGUGAGCGGUACUUUUUGCUGGUUGUCGACGACUACUCGCGUUACACCACGGUCUUCCCCUUGCGCACCAAGGGUGAGGUCCCUGCUGUUCUGAUCCCUUGGAUCCGCACGGUUCGUCUCCAGCUCCGCCGCCGUUUCCGGACGGAUCUUCCUGUCCUGCGUCUGCACUCUGACAGAGGUGGUGAGUUUUCCUCCGACCUCUUGAGGACCUUCUGUCAGGCGGAGGGCAUCGAGCAGACCUUCACGCUUCCGGACUCCCCACAGCAGAAUGGGGUUGCUGAGCGCCGCAUUGGCCUGGUCAUGGAGGUCGCUCGUACCUCCUUGGUCCACGCGGCGGCUCCCCAUUUUCUGUGGCCGUUUGCUGUCCGGUACGCCGCGCAUCAGCUCAACCUCUGGCCCCGUGUCUCCUUGCCGGAGACCUCGCCCACACUGCGUUGGACGGGGGAGGUUGGCGAUGCGUCGCGCUUCCGGGUGUGGGGUGCUCGUGCCCUUGUCCGCGAUACGUCCGCGGACAAGCUCUCCUCCCGCACGCUUCCCUGUGUCUUCCUUGGCUUUGUCCCUGACGCGCCUGGCUGGCAGUUUUACCACCCCACCUCGCGCCGGGUCUUCGCCUCUCAGGAUGUCACCUUUGACGAGUCGGUGUCUCUCAGGUAG